AUGAAUAUCCCCUCAGCUUCUACACCAAUUGAGGAUGCUGUUAACAUGGGGUUGAAAUCUGAAGAAAUUCCGAAAGCUGAUGAGACUGGCAAUGAUGGAACCAGUAAUACUUGGGUAUCGUGGACUCCUGGAAGUGAGAGUGUCAAAGAAUCUUUGAAAUCAUUUCAUAGGAAGACCAAGACUGGGUGCAUAAGAUGUAGAAUAAGAAGAGUGAAAGUAGGUGGUGUAUUUCCUUCGGCACGUGAUGCUUGCGAUGAAUGUCGACCAAGUUGCCUCAAUUGUAAACGGCAUGGAGUGGAAUGCAAGUACGAAUCGACUACAUCCAGAAAAAUUCCAGAGAAACCCAAUACAGAAAAUGUCACUGCCAAAGAACUACGGACUAAAUUUCCCGAGACUGGCGAAAGACGUCUACGAGAACUUACCCUGCUUCAUCAUUACACAACCAGCACGAGCCGAACAGUAACAUUUACUAAUUCAGCCAAUCCUGACCAGACUUCUAUCGACAUAUUCACACAAAUUGUUCCUGAAUUCGCUCUAACAAACGAAGCACUCCUAUACUCUAUCUACUGUAUAUCCUCCCUUCACCUGAAUGACCAAACAACCUCAUCCAGCACCGAACCAUACACCCACACCCCCACUACCUCUCUAAUAGACGCCUACACCUACCUCGACAUAACUCUCCAACUCCACCGUCAAGACACCCACCACCUCACCCCCCAAAACGCCGACGCCAUCUGUCUAACCUCCAGCAAUCUCCGCAUCUGCGCCUUCGCCUUGCUUCAAAAGCGUUCUCUAUCCCCCUAUAGUCCCCCCUCCGACUGGAUAAAAAUUACCCGCAGCGCAUCGAUGGCUUUCAAAACCGCGUGUCAGUGCAUCUCAUCCCAAGAUCUCGACGCAAACGACGAAGCGCAGAAGAAAAGCGUUGCAUGGAUAUUUGUGAAACGCAUGCCGGUUUUGGCGCACCCUGUGGAAAUGUUCAAUCAGGAAAAUGCGGAGAAAUUCAUCCAUUUAUUGAGAAGAAGGGAUGCAGAUUUGGAACAUGAGGAGUGGAGUGAAGAAAUUGAAAAGGCGUAUAUGUCUACGAUUUGUUUUCUGGGAUAUGUGUAUAAACGUGUUGAAGCGAAAGCGAAUCCAGCGGUAAUUACACGAUUAUUGAUCGGGUUUCCAUUUUUUAUCGAGCAGCGGUUUGGGGAGUUGAUCGAAGAGGGGAAAGAUAGAGCGUUGGUUUUGUUGGGGAUUGUGUUUGCGCUGUUUGUGAGAAUUAGGAAGAUUUGGUGGAUUGGGGGGUGUGGGGAGAGAGAGGCCAGGGGAAUAUUGGGGGUGUUGGGGGAUGAAUGGCGGGAUGUGAAGGAGGAGAUUAGGGAUUUGGUUAGAGAGGGUGAGAUGAAUGUAUACGAGUUUAUAUGA